AUGGGCGCAUUAAACCUCAUUCCGCUCAUCAUCCUCUUCGCAGUCGUUGGAGGUAUUGGAUGGGUAGGCUACCAGAUCUACCUCUACUCGAACGAACUCGCCGAGCGCGGCGUGAAGAAGAUGGAAAAGAAGAAUGUCGUCUUCACUAAAGAUGGCGCAAAGGUCGGAGUGAAGGAAGUGAGCACAGAGUCUUAUACAGACAAAACACAAAGAGCAUUUGUGAAGACGUGGAACGCCGCUCAAGAGGGAUUGAUCCAGUUCUCCCGUAUCGCGCCCCUCGUCAACUCGAAAACCUACCAGAUGAUCGAAACACACGAGAUGGAAUAA